AUGGCUAGCCAGCAUGCAUAUACGAAGCCGGAAGGCCCCAAAAUUUCUGACUGUGCUAAUGAGUGCUUUGAGUCCUUCCAAAAGUGUCUCUCCAGUGCGGCAUCUAUUCACCCCCGGGAGGUUUCAAUCGUGGAGGACCAACUUGCGAGAUUUUCUACUUGGGCCAACGGCAUUGGUGUCUUUACCCAAGGGUCUGCAGCUAUGGACCAUCGACUCAGAUACGCCUCUGACGUCGUGGGUAUUGUUACUGGCUUGCUAGAAACGUUGAACUAUCGUUGUCAAAUAUGUUUGCAAGCCUUGGGUUCUAUCUUAGAGUCUGGAGAGAAGAAUGUCCGGGCUACUGCAAAUGCAGCUUUCCAGCAGUCUAUGCUGGACAUUGCUGCUGAGAUCAGUCGGCUCAAUAAGAUCUCAAACACUAUUCGUCGUGCCAGCAAACAUGCUCAGACCCUCAGAGCUGGUGAUUUCACCAUAAAGGAUGACGAGGGAAAUGAUGUAGAACCACUUCUACUGUCACACUUUACUCACCUCAUCGCAGAUAGAUUUCCAAAUCUAUCCGCCAACAUUCAAAACCGGUUGGCCUGCAGCAUGAUUCUACGGCGGAAAAGGAUUCUGUACAGAAGGUACCGCCAUGGUAUGUUACAGAUGCAGACUGAGAAACGGCUGCUGCCAGAUGAAAAGGCCUCGGGACCUUCAACGCAACCCAUCCCGGUAACGCCGGUAAAUUCUCCAAAAAAGAGUGCAACAAGUCUCGAUCCUCGUAAAUAUCAAGAUGCAGCUCUGAGUCCCUCUAUCGUUUCAGAUGGAAGAACAGUUCCGCUCCACCAUCACGAGGCGCUUGCUUUCCCUCCAGCACCGGGAUAUACCGUCAGAAAGAAGUAUAAACAACUCGAAAAUGAAAAUCACAGUAAUUCUCAGCAUCUUCCUCUUGGCUUCUCAGAAGAUGGACACUUGCUAGAAAACGAGCUUUUGAAAAGGAGCGAAAUUAACUGUCCUUAUUGCUUCCACUUGCUGCCCAUUCAAGAGGUCUCAGACAAGCGAAAAUGGCAGUGA